GAAGGUUGUAUGUACUUAUUAGGGUGUCUUUCCGAGGUGUAAGGAGUCUAUCAAGUUCUCCCAUACAGGACUCACGAUUAAGGCCACAGGUGUAUCUGUUCUUCCCAUUCUUCGUUGUAUAAUGUGAUGAAUCUUGAGCGUAACUUUUUUCUAAAUUUGAUGUCCUUUCUUCUGUUCUAGUUUUGGCCAAGCAGAGCUCAAAUGGAGAGGAACCGCGCGCCCCUCCCGGAGGAUUUGUCUUCGCAAUGCAAAGAGCUCAUCUUUGCUGAGAUGAAGGUGAACAAGUUGAUCAACAGGAAGAAAGUUGCUGAAAGAGAAAAGGUUCAGUUGCUAUCUGAGCUCUGCGUCGCCGACGACGAAGCAAAAGACUUAACGAUAAGGAUCGAGGAAGCUCACGCCAAAGCCAUCACCUACAAGCUGAAGCUCCAAAGUCUGAAGAAUUCUGACACGAGUGAAGAUGAACAACUCAGCAGCCGCCAGUAUACCGAAAUUUUGAGAGAAGUGGAUGAUGUCAAACAGCAAAUCUGCGGCCUUAAACUCGACAUUGCUUCCGCUUUACAGGAGAAAGCCAGAGCUCGGUCGGAGAUUGAGUCCUCGAGUGCAGAGGCUCGGUCGUAUUCGAGGUACAAAGAAGAGCUACGAAGGGAGAUCGACGAAGUAAAUGUACAGCAAGAAUUCAUUGAUCUUGCUAGAAUCGAGGCCGACGGAGAGUUCAGACGCUUAGAAGCUCAAAGAGAGGCAGAAGCAGCUCAUUUCACUGAAAGCGUGCGAAAAGCUAACUCCAGAAUUGAUGGCCUCCGCAGAGAGAUUACUUCUGCCAAGCAGCUGCAGGCGACGCUAAUGAUAACUUCUUUGGAUGUCGAUGCCUUGCAGAAUGAGAUGGAGUUCAUUAGAGCAGCAGAGAAGAGCUAUCAAAAGACAUAUUUGGUAGAAGACACUGGUAGAAUGGAGGAAGAGCAGGAGACUGAUAUCUCUCUGUUCCGAUCGACCAAGGCGGAGUUGGAGGCAGCCAAGAAUGAAUUAUCGACUGUUAAAGAAGAAGGGUACAAACUCAUGGAUGAAAUGGAUGGCAUAAGGAAGGAACUGAUAAGAAUUGCUGAUGGAAAGGAGCAAUCGAGCAGAGCGAAGAAGAAUUCUGAUUCCUGCUUUGAGACUCUCAACACCAAGCUACACAAAGCCAUGUCGAAGAUGGAAUCUGCUUCGAUGGCGGAGAAGAGAGCUGAUACAAUAGUCGCAAAUCUCUCAGCCGCACUGCAACAGCUCCACUCCGACAUAGAUGCAGCGAAGAGGGAAGCAGAACUGGUCUCUGAAGAAACUAAAGCAGUGAGAACGGAGACCGAGAAGACCAGAAUGCACACUCAGUCACUAAAAGAAAGGCUUCAGGAGGCAAUGGAGGAGCUCAACACGGUGAAAGCAGCAGAAGCGAACGCUCUCGAGGGGCUGAAGGCGAUUACCGAAAGCACCAUGAGGGAAAGGGCAAUCUCAUCUAUUUGGAGCUCCACCAUUACCAUCUCCAAGUUCGAGUACUACUAUUUGACUAAGCAGGCAAAGGCAGCUCAGGAAGUUGCGGACAAAAAGGUGGCAGCGGCUCAAGCAUGGAUGGAAGCGUUGAAGGCUAAAACCGAGGAGAGAAGACUGAACGCUGAAACUGAUCCGACGCAGAGCUGGGUGCUUGUGCCAGUCGAAAGGGAAUCACUUUCCAAGCCAAAGAAAGGAUCGGUUCUUAAGAAGGCGAUCAAGAUGGAGAUAAAUCACCAUGAAGAAGAACGAGAGCAGAAGCUUGUCCAGUCUCAUGACAUGAAGCUUGCGAUAGCGAUGCCGAGAAGAUCGCUUACUGUAAGCGGUGUCUCAGGGACAUCGAGGAGGCUUCAUGCUUCGAGAAAGUCGAAUUCAACGAAGCAGCGGCCGAGCUCCGCCUUCACUCCUCCAUCCUCGGCUCACAAGAAGGGGAAGUUGGUGAACACCUUGGUUAGGUUUCUUACGACUCCAAAGCAGCGUUGGGGUUCAAGACGCAACGUGUAA